AUGUCGCCCCAAAUAGUUGUCUACGCAGUGUUCGAGUUACUGUUGGCUCUGCAAAUCGCCGUAUCAAACGCUUUAGUAAUAUGGGUGUAUAUAACGAAACGACCGGUCCGAACCCCCACCAACACUUAUAUGUUCAGUCUGGCACUGACCGACUUCCUGGCUGGUGCUGUCGGAGUACCAGUGACAGUGUUCUCAGUGAUAACUAGAGCACCACACUCCUUCGAGUCUUGUCUCUUCGUACACCUCAUAUUGUGUAUAUUGUGUACGGUUUCUACGUUCCACCUCCUGGUCAUAGCCAUCGACAAGUACCUCACGAUAUGUUGUCAGUGCCAGUUUUGGAUGGAUCAGAACGCCAGACACUUCCGGGCACGGAUAUUAAUCGUUUUUGCCUGGAUUUUGGGUACGGUAAUCGGCCUGCUGCCAUUGUUUGAUGUGUUCGAAUUCUCAUCCAGAAAUCGACAUCGCUUCCAUGGUGAAUGUCAUUUUACUUUGGUAAGUUAAACUUGACAACCAAUUUUGUUUUACAUCGAAUUCUAGUUUUUACAGUAUACUAAAGUAUUAAAAUUGAAUCCGUUGCAAUAGUAUAGUUACUCGGUAAUUGCAUGUACUAGAAGUUCUUUUUAUACCCAAUUCUAGUUCCUAUAUUACCAUACAGUACGUUAUCGCCGUAAAUUAAAAUCCACAGAAAUAUUACUGUAACUCUCGGUAUUUGCAGGUAGUAGACUACCGUUACCUCGUGUACGUAAUCUUCUUCACGACGAUCAUCGUGCCCUCGCUAAUCAUCUUUAGUUGUUAUACAGCUAUAUACAGACGGAUUGGAUUAGAAGAAAAGCAAAUAAAAUGUCUCCUGAGGGCAUCGGAGCGACGACGAAGAAUGCGAAACAGAAGAAAACUCAUCCGGACAUUGACCUUGCUGGUAUGUACGUAUGCGUUGUGCUGGUUCCCACUCUACCUCCUCAACACGGUCGACUUCUUCUUCCCCGACCGUGAAUCCCACCUCACGAUGACGCUGUUUGCUGUGGUUUUGUCACACGCAAACUGUGCCCUAAACCCGGUCAUCUACGCGUACGGGAUGCCGGGCUUCAAACACACCCUGCGGCGGUUCAUGGGUAUAAAGACAAUGAACAAACCCCCAAUCAUGAUAAAACACGCCAUUCCACAUGGGAAGUGCUCGAUGGCUAGUUCAAUAUACUCCCAGCACAACACCCCCUACAAAGGCCGCAAAAAGUAUUCGUGGACUCAACUCGGCAGAAGCCUCGAGUCCAUCGACGGAUCUCUCAGUCCAGGCAAGAUCUCACGACCAGCUUUAAACGCGAUCAACGAAAAAUGA